AUGAGAAUUUCUCAUGAACUUCAAACACAAAAUGAAAAAAUUAAAGAAAAUACCGAAAAAAUAAAGGUGAACAAAACAUUGCCUUAUUUGGUAUCAAAUGUGAUUGAGUUACUUGAUGUAGAUCCUCAGGAUCAAGGAGAGGAAGAUGGAGCUGUUGUAGAUUUAGAUUCUCAAAGAAAAGGAAAAUGUGCAGUAAUUAAAACAUCUACCAGACAAACAUACUUUUUGCCGGUCAUAGGAUUAGUCGAUGCUAAAAAAUUAAAACCUGGAGAUUUAGUUGGUGUUAAUAAAGAUUCUUACUUAAUAUUGGAAACAUUACCUGCAGAAUAUGAUGCCAGAGUAAAAGCGAUGGAAGUAGAUGAAAGACCAUCCGAACAGUAUUCAGAUAUUGGCGGUUUGGACAAACAAAUUCAAGAAUUAAUUGAAGCAGUUGUUUUGCCAAUGACUCACAAAGAGCGAUUUGAAAAUCUUGGAAUACAACCUCCGAAAGGAGUUCUAUUAUACGGACCUCCUGGAACAGGAAAAACUCUUCUUGCCAGGGCAUGUGCUGCACAAACAAAAUCCACUUUUCUUAAACUAGCUGGGCCUCAGCUUGUUCAAAUGUUUAUCGGAGAUGGUGCAAAAUUAGUGAGGGAUGCAUUUGCUUUGGCUAAAGAAAAAGCACCAGCCAUUAUUUUUAUCGAUGAACUCGAUGCUGUAGGAACUAAAAGAUUUGAUUCGGAGAAAGCUGGUGAUAGAGAAGUUCAAAGAACAAUGUUGGAAUUACUUAAUCAGUUGGAUGGAUUUAGUUCGAAUGCUGAUAUUAAAGUAAUAGCUGCUACAAAUCGUGUAGAUAUUUUAGAUCCUGCUUUACUUCGUUCUGGUCGUUUAGAUAGAAAAAUAGAAUUUCCUCAUCCAAAUGAAGAAGCAAGAGCGCGUAUAAUGCAAAUUCAUUCUAGAAAAAUGAAUGUUAGUCCCGAUGUUAAUUUUGAAGAACUAUCUCGGUCUACGGACGAUUUUAAUGGAGCUCAGUGUAAAGCUGUUUGUGUUGAAGCCGGAAUGAUCGCUCUUCGACGAAAUGCAACUUCUGUCACUCACGAGGAUUUCAUGGAUGCUAUUUUAGAAGUUCAAGCUAAAAAGAAAGCUAACCUAAACUAUUAUGCUUAA